AUGAAAGGGUCGGUUCGCAUUCGCUUGGCCCGUUUCGGCCGCAAGCACGAGCCUGUGUACAAUAUUGUUGUUUCGCAAGCAAAGAAGGCGCCACAAAAACUGCCUAUCGAGGUUCUGGGCACCUACAACCCCGUCGCGUUGCCGCUGUCCCCUCAAGCUGCCGCGGCUGGCGAGAUCCCCAUCAAAGACGUUCGCUUGGACUUUAUGCGCUCGAAAUACUGGAUCGGUGUUGGAGCACAGCCGACUCCCACCGUGGCACGGUUAUUUAAAAAGGCAGGCAUUCUUCCGCCCGGCUGGCCUGGUCCCCGUAAGGAGGUGCCCGUUCCCGAGCGUAAGGUCGUGCGGCCUCUUACUGAGGCUGGCGAGCCAGAGCAGCCUCCGGUGCGUUAA